CAAUAAUUUGCAUUUAUACAGAUUUAUGAAGUGAAUCAAUCGGUCAGACAUGGUCUAUGGUGGAAAAUUGGGCAGGACGUCUUUCAUUACAUAGUCCUUCAAGGUGGUGACGAGGAGACAUGCAGAGUGAGGUAGAUCACCUGGUUGAGUGAUGUCAUGACAACAACCUCGCACUCAACGUCAGCAAGACCAAGAAAUUGAUUGUGGACUUCAGGAAGGGAGUCUGAUGUCAGCCAUCUCAGCAACAUGACAUGUGCAAUCAAACCAGAUGAGUAGAGAACCCAGAAAGGAUAUUUGAACUGUUUAUCGAGGCCCUGUGUCCAAAAUCAAUAGAUGACGAUCCUGCAGUGUUGAGGCAAUUCCCAGAAGAUAGCAAUGACCAGGAAUCUCUGCAAAGCCUGCCUAAGUUCUGCUUCCCUUUUGAUAUGGAAAGGGAAUGGGAAAGUACCACAGUCCAGCAGUUCACUUUCGUCCUGACAGAUAUAGAUGGAUUUCAACGGUUUGGUUUUUGUCGGCUGACUGGGAGUUCGAAGACCUGCAUCUGCAUCCUCAGUUUCCUGCCCUGGUUUGAAGUUUUCUACAAACUCCUAAACAAUAUAGCUGACUUCUUGGCAAAAGGACAGUACGAUGAAAUGAAAGAGCUCCUGAGCCUUCUGCACGCUCAGCCACCACCCCGGUCAGACUCUCCGCUCAAUCUUGAAUUUGCCCAACAGCUGGGAGUUACGACGGAACGAUUUCUGAAAGACAUGAAGAGGGAUGCUGGUAGUGGUAUGGCACCGCUUUCUUAUUUCAUUGCCCCUGACAGCAACAGCUUGCCUACAAUCCCAGAGAGUAGGAACCUGACAGAAUAUGUGGUUGCUGUUGACGUAAACAGCAUGUUGCAUCUCUUCGCUAGCAUGCUGCAUGAGAGACGCAUUAUCAUCACUUGCAGUAAACUGAGCACGUUAACUGCAUGUGUGCACGGUUCAUCUGCAAUGCUCUAUCCCAUGUACUGGCAACACAUAUACAUCCCGGUGCUCCCGCCACAUCUCCUUGACUACUGUUGUGCUCCAAUGCCUUACCUGAUAGGGAUCCAUAGCAGUCUAAUGGAGAGGGUGAGGAGCAAAGCUCUGGACGAUGUGGUUAUAUUAAACGUCGACACCAACAGCCUGGAUUCACCCUUCAAUGACCUGGAAAAGCUGCCACCAGAUGUGAUGUCUGUUCUGAAGAUGAAGUUGAAGAAGCAGUCAGCAGUGACGGGCGAUGUGGUGGCUCGAGCAUUUCUGAGGACACAGGCUGCAAUCUUUGGAAGCUAUCAAGAUGCCCUCAAAUUUAAUGCUGGGGAACCAGUUACGUUUUGUGAGGAGACAUUUUUGGACCACAAACCGAGCUCGAUGAAGAAUUUCCUGCAGCAUGCAGUGCACCUUCAACUGUUCAAACAGUUUAUAGAUAAUCGACUGGAAAAGCUUAACCAGGGGAAGGUACUGACAGAUCUGUUCGAGGAGGAGGUUAAUCUGGGUGGUUAUUCUUCAGGCUGCUCCAAGACCUAUCAACAAUGGAAGCAAAGUGUAAAGAGAAGUGGUGGAGCCCUGAUUCACACAGUGAAAUCUAAAGCCAAUCCAGCUGUGAAGAACAUGUAUAACUUUGCUAAAGAUCAAGCUAGAUUGGGCUUGAAGGGGAUGAAAAAUCGUCUGAAACACAAGGACUUGGGUAAUGAGCAAGGGUUUCAGCGCGGUGGAUCACUGAGAUAUCAACCGGUCGGGGGCCCCAUCCAUCAGAGGCGCAUUCAGACAGAGUCCCUGCAGAACCGCCUGCCCAUCACCCAGCACUUUGGUCAGUCUCGCCCCCGCAGACCAACCCGUCGCCAAACAAGCAUCAACGGACCGCUACCCACUGGGACAGUCAGAUCCACCAGUGAGGAGGAUGGACUAGACAGCUCCCUGGACACAAUCACUGAUGAAUUCCUUGACUGCAGCCUCCUGCAGGAAGAGAAUAUGGACCUGCUCGGGGAGAUCUUUGAUACACUCAGUACCCGGACAGCUCACGACAAGGGCCAUCUAUAUGGAACGCGCAGCCUCGACUUAUUCAACUUGGACUCCAUGGAGGACAUCCGCAGGGUCAAAGGUGCCAACCCCAGUGAAGAGGACAUUAGCUUCAAGAGCAGGAGAGAAUCUGAGCCCAUGGAUCCCCAGAUGUGGGGUCUUGAUGGUUCCACUGAGUGUAUGAUGUCCCUGUCAGCCUCACUGGAGGAAACAUCUGGCAGGUCUUCAAUGUCUACCAGUCAAGCAGACCUCGGAGAUUCCGGGAGUCUCUCAAGUCAUGAUGAAAACAUAACAGCCCCAGAGCUGCAGCCUCUGGCUCUCAAUACUCCAAGCUGCAGUAAUCCAGAGGCUCCGGGAUCACUGGAAGACUCUUCGUCUGUUUCACCAGCUGUCAAAGAGAACGACAAGUGUACAGGGAUUCACUGGGAUAAAGGAUCACCACUAAUUCAGCCCAGCAGAACAUUGGCUGACAAUGAAGCCCCUGAGUCGGGUAAGAGCGAGGCAAGGAAUGACGUGCUAAUUGAGGACUCAGGCUCCCUGAGUUUACCUUUGGAGAUCAGCGAGCUGAAACCCUCUAAAGAGGAAUUCAGCAACUGCAAAAGACAAGAAGCAGAGGUGAAAGAAGUCAACAGUCCGGCAACAUGUAAAGAAGGAAAACCUGAGCUGAUACUUCCACCAACAGCACCUAAAACAUCAACAAGACUGAAGGGUAGGCCAGUGUCAGAGGCUCUUGAAGGCAGGGAAGGAGGCAGCCAUGCUAUGAAGGAGAGAAGCCCCAGCAGGCAGCAUGCCGAGUCUGCUGUGCAAGCCUGGACUGAGGAGGACUCCCCAGGCGAUCCCACAGUCCCAGCCACCAGCGAGGAGCCAGCCAACCCAAGCGUGCAAUCGGUGUUGUCCUACUUCCAAGCCUGUGCCGGGGAACAACGGCUCGAGCCCAGCAGAGGGAAGCUCCGCCCAAUAUCCGUCGUAGCAACUGGGGCCUUAAGCAGAUCUGGAAAAAUCGAAUGGCAGGAGGAACUGGGCAAAUCUGUCGCUGAGGCUUCCUCCCAUCUUCCUGAUGCUGGGAGGCUGCCAGAAACAGCAUCAGAGGAGCAGAAAGAUCAGAAAAAAUGUGUGUCACCAAUGGAGAAUGAUCCAGGUAUUACCACACCUAGAAAGGUUUCAGAGCUGAAAAAGAGAUUUGAAUCCUAGGAGCUGAUUAAAUUUAUAUAUGCUCCCCCAUUAGUGAUGCUUCCUCAGUAACUGAAUGUCAAUAUCGAUUGUUUCUUUGGCUCGGCAAGCACCAGCUCUCCCCGUGUCUCAUAUAAUAGUCAUUAUCUUGACACAUACCUUAAGUAUGCUGGGAAAAGGAGAUUUCUUUCCCCCAAGGUCAUCAAGAGUUUGAGCUGAUGCUAUUGAUGGUUGGGAAUUGACAUUUCAAAAGUUAGGCUAUGCUAGUGUAAUUUCAAAAUUGCAUGAACUUAAAAGAGUGUGGUGCACAGCAGUUGUGCCCAGAGUUAGAAUCAGAAUCAGGUUUAAUAUCACUGACAAAUGUCAUGGAAUUUGCUGUUUUAUGGCAGCAGUACAUUGCAAUACAUAAUAAUUAAAAUUAUACAGAUUGAUAUAAAUAGUACAUAUUAAAUACAGCAAACAGAGCCAAAAAAAAAGCAAAUGUACAAAUGAGGUAAUGUUCCAGGGUUUAUUGUCCAUUCAGAAAUCAGUAUUAUUUGGAUAGUUUCAACCAAGAGACAUAACAGCCCUGAAAGGCUGCUUGCUUCACGUGUCUCUGAUGGCAUGGUAAGGGUAAUGGAGCAGCAAAUAUCAGAGGGAAUGUUUUGUUCAAGAGGAAAUGAUAUGUCAUCCUUGUCACAAAUUGAGGAUAUUUCAUUGAGCCAUUGUUUCUGAAGUGUAGUCACUGUUGGUGGAGAGACAGGGAAUGAGAUCUUCCAUUGUUUAUUUGAAAAAUAAGCAGAGGGUGAUGGACAUUUAUUGACCUGCUGUGUACACACCUUCCUAACACCUCAGCAUCC